UGGAUGUUAAGGUAAUGUCAUGUCAAUUUUCUUCAUACACAAAACACACACGGAGCAGAAAAUCUGAGAUAGCCUAGUACUAUACAAAUGUUUUAUUACUGUGAUAUUUCAAAUUUCCAAGUGAAGGUUCAGUAUCAUGGGCAGGAGAAAGAGAAACAAGAGCAGUAGCAAGCGAAAGCCAAAGCUGAUGUUUACUGACAGUCCCUGCAAAGAGCCAAUGAAAGUCUUGUGUAGUCCUGUGUACAAUGCUGAACACCCUGUUGAAGCUGAUAAAAUACUUGUACAUGAUAUCAACAACCUACCUUGGGUUUCUCCACAGUUUGAUCAAUUGCAUUUCACACAGAAGAAUAAAUCCAGAAGAAAAAAGAAAGUUGAAAACCAAGAUGAAUCAAAUGUAGUGGACAAGCCAUUGACUAUUCCAAAACGACUAGGCAGGCUUCAGUUUGAAAAUGAAGACCGCGUCCGUGUGAAUAAACAACUCGGAAAUAAUCAACAAAUUGGACUAGAACUGACGUUCAAAAAACGUCGCCGGAAAAAAAUGCUGAAAGGAGAUUUAUCAGAUGAUAGUGAUAUUGAAUUGAGUGAUCAGGAAAAUUUGUUGGACACAAAGGACAAAAGUAGUCAUAAUAUAGAGGAAUAUUUGGAUAUUACUGAUACAAAACUAAAUGACAAUCAUGAGACAGUUCUUGCCUUUGAUACACCUGUGCGAGAUUAUGGAGUACAUGUGCAUAUCAGGCGACGACGAGAUAUGUUGCCACCGUGUGCGAGACAGAAAUUAAUGGAUGCAAUUCAGUACAAAUAAAUAUUUCUAUUAACUUGGGUUACUAGUUCUAUUUUCAAACCCAGGGACUUUUUAGAGGAUAGUAUUAAAGUCGUCAUCUAUUUUUCAUCAUUUUCAUACGGGUACAAUACAUACACUAUAGGGGGAGGCGUGUCAAAAGUUUAUUUAUCCUUAUAUGAAAAUAAAAAAAUGAUGGUCUUUAAUUGGCAGCAAUCAUCAUUUUAUUACGUGCUGUUUUAGGCGGAGGGAGGGCAUUGUGAAAAAGAACGUUUUGUAUUCUUAGAUCAAGGGUGGCGCCAAGAUUUUCCCAACAAGUGGUUUGAUGCCCCUGACGAGAGCGAAGUGGUUGUAGUCGGGUGCAGCUAAAAAUCUUUUGGAAAUGGUCCAAGGGGCAAAGCCCCCUGAAAACUAUGUGAAUUUAAGGGUUUCGAAGGCUUAUUUAAUUGAUUUUAGAGUCUAAUACUGUAUAUAAAACAUAAAUGUAAUCGUUUUUCUCUCAAAGGGGGCCCUGUCCCCUGCCCUCAGCUGGUGUCGCCCCUGCAUCAGAUUUAGAUAUAAUCUAUUCUAAGGCAAUGAUGGAAAAAUAGAUGACUAACUGACUGCCUACAGCUGAUGAAACUAACUGUAUUGUCUUAAAACAAUCAUCUUGAUUUUAUGUAUGUUUACUGGAAAAUGAAACACAAGAAAUACAAUAAAAACUAUUGAUAAUAAAAUUUAUACAGCAAUAAAUACAAUUUAGUAAAUGAA